AUGUCCUUUCUUAGCCUUUCCCUCCAGCGUACCUCUUUUCAUCGCCUGCAAUUGCAUAUUAAACAGAUCACUGCGCGCCCAUUUCACUCUACCUUGCGUAAUUAUCUAGCGCACAAGGGUGAAGCCAUGGCAACCACGCAUCAUGACGAGUCCCAUGACUACUUCCACUACACUUCCGGAAGAUGGCUUUGGGGGGAGGAAGAACAAUUGCGCGAACGUUAUCGCGCAUUCAAUGUCAAUGAACUUCAGAAGGUCGCUGUGGGCAUUGCCGGAUCUGAGAAGUGCGUCUCUAUGAGCAAAAUUGGCGAAGGAAAUUUCAACAAGGUUUUCCGCCUUCAGAUGGACAAUGGAUCGGUCUUGAUGGCUCGCAUUCCUCAUCCCAACGCAGGCCCUCCCAAGUACACAACCACCUCAGAGGUUGCUACAAUGGACUUUGCAAAAUCGAUCCUUGACAUACCUGUACCAAAGAUUCUGGCCUACUGUGCUACAGCCGAUAACCCAGUUGGCUCAGAAUACAUCAUCAUGGAGGAAGCCCAAGGCAUACAACUGUCGAAAGUUUGGGAUACAAUGGAUUUGAAAGAACAAUUGGGAAUUGUGACUGAGCUUGUCACCAUUGACGAGAAGCUUCUCUCUGCAUCGCUAAACAGACACGGCGCACUCUAUUAUAGGAAAGACAGCUUUCCUGGGUGCACGACCGCAAAAGUCACCGGUAACAUUACGGAUAGCUUGAAAGCAGAUGUCGCGAAUAGAUUCGUCAUUGGUCCCACAGUCGAAAGGGCAUUCUGGAAGAAACAAAGGGCAGUAAUGGCUGUUGAUCGUGGGCCUUGGACUAGUGCAUGUGAAUAUGUGGAAGCAAUUGCACACCGCGAGAUUGCUUGGCUCAGUCACUAUGCUGAAUCUUUGCCGCUCUCUAUGGAGAAAUGGAGCGCCUCCAAAGGCCAGAGCGACCGUCAGGCCCACAUUGACUUACUCGGAAAGUUUCUCAGUGUCAUUGCUCAAUUACUUCCAAAAGAACCUGAACUACUUGCUCCCUUCCUUUGGCACCGCGACCUACACCCUGGCAACCUGUUCGUCUAUGACGGAAAAAUCUCUAGCGUCAUUGAUUGGCAAUCUUGCUGGGUUGGCCCUCUCAUCCUUCGAGCAAGGGCACCACGACUUCUGGAUUACAACGGCGAAAUUAUGCUGAAGCUACCGCCGGAAUACGAGGAGAUGCCGGAAGACGAGCGACGCUCAGUGGAGUAUAAGGUACAGCAGUCUGUCCAGGUUUAUAGUUACGAACACAAAACUGCUGGUCGGAAUCCCCUCUUGAAUCAGGUGCUAAGAUAUCCUCAUGGAAAAAUGUUGAGUAACGUUGUGGAAUUCGCCUCUGCGUCUUGGGACGGAGACAUCCUUCCUCUUCGUGACUGUUUGAUUCGAAUUGAGAGGGACUGGAAAGAAUAUGCUGGCUCAACAGCCACUUGCCCAUACCAUUUUUCUGCUGAAGAAAUUCAGAAAAGCCACGAAGACGCGGUUAGCUAUAACGAUAUGCGGGAUUUUUGGGAUGACUUGGAAGGCCGAGUAGAUGAUACUGGUUUUACCACCCCUGACUUCUUUGACGAUGCUGUAGAUCUUUUUUCUACUCUACGAGAAAAUGGCUUGAAGACAUUAGAAGGCCCGGAGCUUAAGCGUUUCGAGGAGCAGACGCGGUGGGUGCUUGACUAUAGAAAGAAACAAUAG